AUGCUAAUGUCCCAGUAUAAAAAGAGGAGCGGCUCCUCCAGCUCCACACAGAGCUCUCACCCGCCGUCCAGAGGAAGCGACUCCCCUCACCUGCACACAGACAUGGCUCCCUGCUCCACCAACUACUCCACUAUGCACCACAUCAGGAUCUCUGUGAAGGAUAACCUCAAACUGAGGAAACCUGCCGUGGAGAAAAUGCGCAGAGAUCGCAUCAACACCUGCAUCGAGCAGCUCAAGGUCAUCCUGGAGAAGGAGUUCCACAAGCAGGAGCCCAACUCCAAGCUGGAGAAGGCCGACAUCCUGGAGAUGACCGUGAGCUUCCUGAGGCAGCAGCUGCAGCCGGGCGUCUGUCACAGCGACUACAACCGGGGAUACUCUCACUGCUGGAGGGACUCGCUGCACUUCCUCUCUGCAGGCUCCGGCACAGAGGCCCCUGUCACUCCUCUGCAGGGCCUUCAGCAGCAGAAGCAGAAGCUCCAUCAGGCCCAGAGAGGCAGCAGCUCCUCCCCGGUCUGCUCCCCCAUCAGGCCCACCACGCUACAGGACAGCAGCAGCAGCAGCAGCAGCAGCAGCAGCAGCAGCAGCAGCAGAGGCCCCGUGUGGAGGCCUUGGUAGAGACCCGUGUGACACACAGACACUCUGACACCUGAGGGGGUCUGCUCUCUCCCUCACUAUGUAGGAAAUAUAUUUCCAGCCUGCUCACUCGUGGUGGGUUUCUUUAUUGUCUCAUCACAUUGAUGGACAAGUGGUAUCAGCAAAGGCUCUCACUUAUUUGAAGAUUGUCCCGCCCUGACUUUGAUUCACAUGUGUUUUACUUUGGCCUUGUCGUUAAAGCUGGAGGUUGAUUUGGAGUGAUGAUGGUUUUGUCAAAUCCUGUGAAAUAAUUGUUUGCUCCAGUGGAGUUUAUUUUUUUGGACUGCUCAACGUAACAUUACAAACAGUGUAUACUGUAUAUCUGCCAUGCUGCCGUUUACUGACAGCUGCUGUUGAGAAUAUUUCUCUUGUGUUUUGAAUGAUAUAUGCCAAAUUUUAUGGGUGUGCGUGUGUGUGUGUGUGUGUGUGUGUGUGUGUGUGUGUGUGUGCUUGUGUGUGUGGAUGUAAGUAUCAACAUUUUGUGAUGGCUGUUUUUGUUAUUACAUAUUGGCUCUUAAAACUUAUUUUUGAUAUUUGU